AUGAGUUCGGACGAGAUCGUUCGAGUGGUCGCAUUGGACAAAGAAUUUCACGUCGACUGUUAUCGUUGCGAGGAUUGCCGAGUUCUUCUAGCCGACGAACCUGAGCGCCGUUGCUACCCCCUAUUGGAGACCUGUUCCUCUCCGAGCCAAUUAAGUCGAUUGACCCCUCCGACCACAAUACAGCAUCUACUUUGUCUUAGCUGUCAUCUCUCACGAAUUGGUGCUGUACCUGCCACGCUUCCGUGCUCUGGAGACCCCACAACCACAGGACCAACCAACAGUCUUGCCGGUGGAAAUGGCGCCCGCCUUGGUCGCCACUUUUCUUUUACUUCAUCACCGAAACUUUCGCCUUACUCUACGCUCGGAGGGCUGGGCUGCAGUGAUAGUAGCAAUAGCCUUUUUUCCCAUCACGUAUCCACUGCUGCGGCAGUGGCGCCGGCGACUGGUCCAGGCAGUCCUGCUACGGGGACACAUAUGACGCCUACCGAAAGGAAAGUCUCGAUUACCUCUCUUCCAUCACCCUUCGCCAUCCCGACCACUGCCUCAGUCAGCGCAACCUCUUCACCAUCCUCCACUUUGUCUGAUCAACACCAUAAGCCAAUCUUGCUUUACCUCGGUCCUUACUCGCGUUACCCUUUAGGGUCCGACUCUGCUCCCAAUGCCUCUAUUGUCGACGGAUCUAGUCAGAUUGCGCCUGCACCUAGUUAUUCGAUAUUUGGAUUUCAUGGAACAGGACAAGACCAGCAAUAUUCCUCAAAAUAUUCGAGUAUGGACCGACGUGGAAUGGGACCAAAAUGUUUCGUGCCUACUCCUUGGUACAAUUCGUAA